AUGAAGCUAGACGUCGAGAUAUUACGCUACCUCUCAAAGGACGACUUCAGGGUUCUAACUGCCGUGGAGAUGGGGAUGCGAAACCACGAAAUAGUCCCAGCCGAACUAAUAGACCGAAUAGCUUCUCUAAAACACGGAGGAACUUACAAGGUCCUGAAGAACCUCCUCAAACACAAGCUUCUCCACCACGAUUCUUCCAAAUACGACGGUUUCCGUCUCACUUACCUCGGCUACGAUUUCCUCGCCAUCAAAACCCUUGCGAAUCGUGGUGUCAUUGCCAGUGUUGGUCGUAAGUUGGGGACUGGUAAAGAAUCUGAUAUUUAUGAGGUUGCUGCUGAAGACGGUACCGUUUUCGCUAUGAAGUUGCAUCGGCUUGGCAGGGUUUCUUUCAGAGCUGUUAAGUCUAAGAGAGAUUAUUUGAGGCAUCGCUCUAGUUUUAAUUGGCUUUACUUGUCAAGACUCGCUGCUCUAAAGGAAUUCGCCUUUAUGAAGGCUUUGGAAGAGAAUGGGUUUCCAGUUCCGAAAGCUGUUGAUUGCAACAGGCAUUGUGUGAUCAUGUCACUUGUUCAAGGUUAUCCACUUGUCCAGGUGAAGGAAUUACAAAAUCCAGAAACGGUUUUUGAGACAAUACUUGGUAUUAUUGUUCGUUUCGCAGAGCAUGGUCUUAUUCAUUGUGAUUUCAAUGAGUUUAACAUUAUGAUUGAUGAUGAAGAGAAUGUGACCGUGAUUGAUUUUCCCCAGAUGGUUUCUGUAUCUCAUCGAAAUGCACAAAUGUACUUCGACCGUGAUGCUGAAUGCAUCUUUAAGUUUUUUAGGAAGAGGUUUAAUCUCUCCUUUCAAGAAAACACAGAUGAUAAUGAUGGUUCUGAUGUAGACACGGACGAAGUUGUCUGGCCUUCCUUUUCCUCAAUAUCCAAAACUGCUGGUUUUCUUGACAAGGAACUCGCCGCUAGUGGCUUUACAAGGAAGGAUCAGGAGGACAUUGAUAAAUUCAUUGAAGAGGGUGUAGAGGACACAGGUUCUGACAGAGAGGAAACUGAAGAUGAACAGUUUACUGAGUCAAGGGAAUCAAACAUCAAGGGUUUAAAUUCUUUGCGCGUGGAGGAGCAGUUGAGCUCUAUUGCUUCAUCAGAAAGACUGGUAGUAGACAUUGCAUUAUCUGUGGGUACAGAAAAACAAAAUUUGCUGUGCCAGUUAGGGAGUUGUUUUGACCCAUUUGGAUGUGGUUUUUGGAUUCUUGCAUAUUCUUUAGGCUUUAGAAUAAGUGCUUUUCAGGAAGAGCGAACUUCAAACUCUGACGAGGAGGGCAAAGUAGAGGUGAAGCAACAGAGCAGUGAAGCAGGUCAAGAUAAUGGCCCCAAAACUGAAGAUGACAGCGAGAAGGUAGAAUUCAAGCUAUUGGCUUGCUGGGUUGGUAUUAUAGUGUUAAUUGUGGCUUUGCAUCCAUCCAUGUCCAAGAGCUUACAGGCUUUGAUUGUUGAGCUUGUGGAUCCAGAAGAAGAUGAUGAGAGUGCAAAUGAAAAUGAUGCUGAACUGAACAAGAGUCUAAACAAGCAGAGAAGACGUGCAGUAGCAGCAGCUCGUGGGGGGCGGAGGAGUCUUGCAUCCAGAAACACUUACAAAGACAAGGGUGGCAAAUCCUCCCAAAAUUCACGAAUGCAGAAACAGUUGUGCAGCUGGUGA